AUGCCUCCUCGUUCAAACAAAAGACAGAAGACAACCAACGGCGCAGCAGCAACAGACACCAAAAUGCAGAACGGUGGUUCCUCGCACCCAUGGGCCGAUUUGCCAGCUGCUUUAUCCGAUUCUCUCCAGAAAGCUAACAAGGCUGCGGAAUCUGAUGGGCAACUCAGCGCUUUUACCACCAGUAAUGCCAUUGAGGGCCCUGCUACCUUUGGUAUCAAGUCGUCUGGCUCGCCCAACACGGUCCUGGUGACCGUGACCAAUGGUAAAGCGGAUAUCAGCACUGGGAAGACAAGUGAUGCCCUCUUCACUUUGUCCGCGCUUCCUGAGCAAUGGCAGGAGUUUAUGAAAACCACUCCGGUUGCCCCAUACCAAUCAUACUGGGGGAUGUUCGGGAUGAAUAUCAAGCAAGAAGGUAUUAAGGUCGAAGGCGAUCAGAAUGCCUUCGCGCAAUGGACACAUGUCUGGCGCCGUAUUCUCGAGAUCUUGCAUGAUGCAUACGCUGGUCCAACCCCAGCAGACGAGGAGCCCGAGGUCGAUGAGGAUCAUAUCGUUGGUCGAUACACCUACAUUAGCGCGCCUGUCUGGGGCAGAUGCAAAGUAUUCUAUGAGCAGUCCGGUGAAGGUGAUCAGGAAAUCGUGUUCUUGCACACGGCUGGUAGCGAUGGUCGCCAGUACCAUGGUGUACUCAACGAUGAGCGUAUGAGGCAGAAGUGCCACAUGACUGCUCUUGAUCUCCCAGCUCAUGGAAGGUCGUUCCCAUACGAAGGCUACUGGCCAGGCAUGCACACUAACAGCGAAGACGCCUACGUCGGCUGCAUUGCAGCGUUCGUCAAGAAGCUCGGCCUCAACAAGCCCAUCAUCUGCGGCGCUUCCAUGGCCGGCCAAGUCUGCCUUGCCGUCGCCGCUCGUGCAGACGAAGUCGGUGCCGUCGGCUCAAUCCCUCUGCAGGGAAGUGACUACCUGAAUAUGGAGAGGCAAUGGCACGAUCGCUCACCAUACGUCAACCAAGCCCUGUUCAACCCAGAGUGGGUCUACGGCAUGAUGAGUCCCACAGCUCCUCUGGUCAAUCGACAACUCAUCUGGCACUUGUAUUCCGCCCAAGCCUAUGGUAUCUUCCAUGGAGAUCUUGACUUCUACUUCGGCGGCUGGGAUGGUCGUGACAGGAUGGCUGGUAUCGAUACCAAGAAGUGUCCAGUGUAUAUGCUUACUGGCGAGUAUGACUGGAGUAACACACCAGCGAUGUCCCAAGCGACGUGCGACAAAAUUCCGGGCGGCAAGCAUCAAGCGAUGAAAGGUCUAGGCCACUUCCCGGCAACCGAGAACCCCAAGGUCUUUGUCGGCUAUCUCCUAGAGGCGAUCGACCAUAUCCAGAAAAUCCGGGCUUAG